AGGACUGACUUUACCUGUUGUAGACGCUGCCCUCACCCCCUCGCCUCCCCUCUCUUUUCGUUCCUCUCAUCCACCCAGCCUGUCUGGAGCCGCAGAGGACUGUCAGCCAGUACAGGCGAAGCACCAGAUCAGUGCUGGCAGAGCAAGUGUGCCUACAGCUCUGCUACCUGCUCUACCACCCUGCAUGACUCUCCCUCACACAUGCACAUCAAAAUGCUCUCGCAGACACACAUUCAGGGAACUUUCUCCUGCGUGCACACACUUACAUGCUGACAAGCAGGCAGGCAGGCACACCCCCUCCCAUUAUCUGUGCAGCGAGCAGUUCUGCUCAUAUUUGUGUGAGCAGCGAGGGGCUGCAUUUCACUCCUCAGCAGCGGCAGCAGCAGCAGCAGCAGCAGGACGGGUCCAGAGGAGAGCGGUCAUCACCAGAGAUCACACACCAGCUUCUACAACUGAAGCGUGUGCCAGUGGGACAGCCAUGGAGGACACCCUCACCUGCAGCCAUGCCACCUUCUCCCAGGUGUUUGGACGUCAGGGACAGCUAAUGCAAGCCACCGUCCAGUCGCUGAACAGCCUGAAUGACCAGAUCGCUCAGUUCAUGGUGACCCGACCUUGUAGCCUGACGGACGAGGACGAGGCCUUCAUACCGGGAGAGAGGGAUACCUUGAGGAAGUCCAUGACCCUGAUGAGACACCUGCUCAUGGAUGCUCAGGGGAAAAUCCUUAAAAUGAUGGAAGACAACAAACAGCUGGCACAGAGGAUUGAUGGGGCCAUCCAGUCUGCCAGUCAGGAAGUGACCAACCUCCGCUCCGAGCUCUCUGCCACCAGCCGCAGACUGGCAGAGCUGGGCGCCAGCAGCCCCCCUGCCUUGGAGAACCACCACCAGCACAACCACCACGAUGACAGCCUUCACUACCGGGAUCCAUCAGUGCAUCACAGGCAGAAGACAGUGGUGACAGACAUGUGCUACCCAACAGAGAUAUCCAGCCUCAUGGACUUUGGCACUCCAGACUGCUCGCUAGGCAAAGUGUUGUUGCGUGAGGAGGUGGUCCAGCUUCAGGAAGAGGUCCACCUGCUGAGGCAAAUGAAGGACAUGUUGAGUAAGGACCUGGAGGAGACCCAGGGAGGCUGCUCUGCCAAUCUGCUCUCUGCCACCGAGAUCCGUGUGCAGCUGGGUGACAAGGAGCAGGAGCUGGACCGUGCCAAGGAGGCCUUACAAGCUAUGAAAGCUGAUCGUAAGCGUCUAAAAGUGGAGAAAGCAGACUUGGUGAGUCAGAUGCAGCAGCUGUACACAACACUGGAAAGCAGAGAGGAUCAGCUGAGAGAAUUCAUACGCAACUACGACCAGCACAGAAAGGAAAGCGAGGAUGCAGUGAAAGCUCUGGCGAAAGAGAAGGACAUGCUGGAGAGAGAGAAGUGGGACCUGAGGAGGCAGACCAAAGAAGCCACAGAGCAGGCCAACAUCCUGCGUUCUCAGAUGGACAUGAAGGAGAACAGGAUUAAAGAACUGGAGGCCGAGCUCACCAUGGCGAAGCAGUCUCUGGCCACUCUGACUAAAGAUGUACCCAAACGGCACUCUGUGGCCAUGUCCACAGAGCCUGUGGUGAACGGCAGUCAGGAGUGGGUGAUGCAGGCCGACCUGCCGCUCACCGCCGCCAUCCGCCAGAGCCAGCAGACCCUCUACCACGGACACGCCACGGACAGACAGGCUGUGGUCAGGAUCAGCCCCUGCCACUCUCGUCAGCCCUCUGUGAUCUCUGACGCCUCUGCAGCUGAUGGCGACCGCUCGUCCACACCUAGUGACAUCAACUCACCUCGUCACCGGACCCACUCCCUCUGCAAUUCUAUGGAGGACUUGGAGGACCAGAAGCGUAAGAAGAAGAAGGAGAAGAUGACUCUGGGAUCGCUAUCGCGGGUGUUCGCUCGGGGAAAGCAGCGCAAGUCACUGGACCCCGGCUUGUUUGAUGGUACAGCCACCCCUGAUUAUUACAUAGAGGAGGAUGCCGACUGGUGAUGCUGAGUGUGCAAGCAUGUGUGAGUGUGUUCAGUUUGUGUGGAUAUCCACCUGGCUUUAACUGUGUGUGAAGACUGUUCUGUUUUAAGGGUUUGUCUGGAGGGAGGAGGGGGUUGGAUUUUCAUUAAAAGCCUAAAAGAGACUGCUAUCCCCAUAAAUGUACAGUAUAUUACCCUCAAAUUGUAUGUUUGUAAAUUAGAUAUAUAUUUAUAGUUGUACAUGUAUGCAUAUGUAUAUAUGUUUACAUGCAUAUAAAUAUAUAUAUGGGGUUAUUACUAUGUGUAGACAUGUUUAUGCUGUAUUAUCCUCUAAAUGUCUUAAUGUUUUAUGUUUUUUAUAACUGGAGACUUGAAGGACUGCUGUUCAUAUGUACAUAGGAGCUAUUGUGAAACUAGUGUUUUACUGUAAAUGUCAUUUGGUUUUUGUUACUUUACAGUUGCUUUUAUCACGCUUUGCGACAUUAAUUUCUGAGUUUUUUUCUUAUUCCCAGUCUUUCAGGCCCGUUUCUCACGACCAAAGAGGAGAUACAACCUGAUUGACUUAAAACCAAUUUUUAUUGGAGUUUGAAAUUGUGUUUCUUCAAAAUUGCUUGUUGAUUUGAAAAAGAUUUUGAGACAUUUUGCUAAUACAGGAUUGUCAUCAUGUUCGUAUAAACGCUGGCUCACAGUGUCUGCUGAAAUUUAUUUACAACACUGUGGGCAGCAGGGAGCGAGGUUUCCUUUUUACGAUGAAAAUAAUGUUCUCGCUUACUAUAAUCAACGACUGGCCGACGUGGCCUCUAGAGUCGCUCUUCCAUACAAAAUGCAAUUUCACAGAUCUCAAUACGCAACCCAAAAAAAUGACCAGCGGUGCAUAUCACGGCACACCUCUCGCCUGCUGUCAAACACAUGUGCAAGUGCCAAAGGUUUAACACGCAUCUUUGAAUACUGGACGUAUCAUUCUGUCACUGUUAGCACUAGCCUCGUAACAUUGUUUUUGUCUGACUCAUUUCUUACUGAGAGCUAUCUAACAUGUGCCAAUAUGAGACGAAGGAAUGUGCAUUAAACACAUGCAUGAUCCCUCUGUGUUGCUUUGAUUAGACAUUCAUUCAUUGCCAAUCAAAUUAAUAAUCUCCACAAUCCUGUGUUGCUUCUAUGCUGCCCCUCCCCUUUUACCAAGUUAUCUUUCCUUGCAUUAUGAAUGCAUGGUCCUCCCUACACCCUUUUGAAUUUUUUGUUUUUGUUUGAUUGUUUUAGUUUUUUUUUUUGGUUGCUGUUUUUGUUUUGCGUUACGUAGAAAUACCUCCUCAUUUCUUGCAAAUGUGGCUCUAAUAAAUCUGUUAAAUGCUUUGUAAUUUAGAAAAUGUUGCAUAAAAGAGUAAAUCUAUUGAAGUAUUUUAUUUAAAAAAAAAAUAUGAGACAAACCAGAGGUUACUUCAAAUAUUUAUCUGCUGCAGCUGUUGCAGCCAGAUGUUGAGGAGGCUUUAGCAUUUUCAAAAUGACAUAUAAUUGAAAUGAAAACUUAUUUUAAAAAUAAAACUAGUAACUGAACACA